UAUCAUAUAUUAAACACAAAUAAAAGCCCUACUUUUUUCGCUCAUUCCUGUGACGUGUCUCCAUUUCUCUUUCUUAAUUUCUACCUACGCGAGACAACUUCAGCUUCAUCUAUGGCGACGGCGGACGAUGGAAGGGCUCCCCACGAAAGCGGCGCAGUGGGAGAAAUGUUUCGAAAGAGACAUUUCCGGCCAGUUCUGAAACCCAGCGCUUGAUAGCGUUGUUGCAUUCCAGAACCAUGGAAGAGUCAUCAUCUCCUAUUAUAAGGUUUGAAGCAUCAACAACCAGUAGCUCACUGAAAAAACAUAAACAUGGAGUUGUUGAAGAGCAUAUUGCUUCGCCUGCUAAGCUUCCAAUAACAUCCAUGGCUUCACCACAACACCAAAUGACUAUGGAGAUGCUCCCAGAUGAGGUUUUAUUAAACAUAUUCAUCCGAUUAUCGGCCAAACAGCUUGCUCAAAUGAGGUCUGUCUCCAAAUCUUGGAAUUCUCUCUUAUCUCAGUCCUCCUUUGUGAAAUCCCACCUUCAUCGUUCUUCUCACAACAACAAUCAAAUUCUCUUGGUCUUUCACGGAUCUUCCAAUCCUAAACAAUUUGUAGAUUUCCCCAUCUCGAGCUCACUAAUUUCAUCAAACUCCCGGUUAACCCCGAACCUGAAUAUACUAGUAUUAGUGUUAUUGGUUCUAUUAACGGCUUAAUAUGCUCUACUUAUGGUGAUUCUGUGAUUCACAUUUGGAACCCUUCUCUCUCCGCCGUGUUAACUCUCCCGCCAUAUUCUAUGCCCUCCCAUGAUUGUGAUUCAAUCGAAAUCCAUUUCCGGUUUGGGUUUGAUCCCAAAACUGAUGAUUACAAAGUGGUCAAGCUCACAGGCCUUACUGGACCACGAACAUAUGCCGUUAGAUGGUGGCUGCAAAUUGAGAUUUAUUGCACGAGAAAAGGUUCAUGGGAGUUGAUCACUGAAAGGUUUCCACCGCACAUCACAAACAUUAUUGAUGGCGAUUCUGUUUGUGUUGAUGGCCAUGAUGGCCAUCUUCAUUGGCUUGGUUAUGCUAAUGGGGAGCAAGAUCCAAAAACGAUAAUCGCAUUUGAUUUGGGUUCAGAGACAUUCCGUGAGAUACUUUUUCCAAAUUCUAUACGUCAAAACCGUGUGAAUGUUUUAGGAGUUUUGUCUGAGAAGCUCUGUGUGAUGUCAUAUAUUGAGGAUGUUGCAUAUGAGGUGUGGGUGAUGGAUGAGUAUGGGGUGGCUGAAUCAUGGGUCAAACGCCAUGUCUUAUCACCCUUUUUCGAUGAUACAUGGCCGUAUGGAUUCACAUUGCACAAUGAGUUUCUUAUUGAAGAUAAUGGUUAUCUUGUCUUGUAUGAUUCAUCUGCAAACAAGCGGUGUAUCUUGGAGGAUCAUUGUGCCGAAGAAUAUGGUGUAGAAAAAAUUGUGGAGUAUGUUGACAGUCUUGUUUGGGUAGCACCUGCCAAGCAUGAGAUGGUGGAUGGUUGAGGACAAAAUGAAAUGGAGAGACUUCAAGUAUGAUGUAAUGUUUCAUAAUUAGGUUAUAGUAAAGUAUCCAUUUAUAGUGCAUUGCAACUACAUUCUCUCUUGUCGGUGUGGUUUAAGGUUGAUUUUCUGAGGACUCAGGAGGUAGACCCUUUUUACCUUGUUUAACAUUCUCUCUUGUCGUCAGAAUUGUUGCUAUACAUGACAUGGGACAAAUGAUAUGGAGCACGUUUGAAACAAUACUAUUAAAUAGUAAUGAUGUUCCAUUUUUGUUCGAAUGUUUGUGAAACUUGGCAUAAUUAAUGACUUUUGCCUCUUGUAUAAAAAUCACUCGCACAAUAAGACUA